UGCAUCCCUGCAUAGUGCCCCUGCCUUUGUGACUAACUGGGUUCAGCAUGGCUGUGAAACUCAGACUUGGAGUCUUAGAAUUGAGGUUCAAACUUCUCCAGGGCAGCCUUCUCCCCCUGGGGUUUCCGUGGGGCUUCUGGGGUACAGAGCUUGCUAGGAAGGAAGCAGCUUUUCCUGAACUACUGAGGUAAACCUCCUGAGGUGAGUGAGCUCUGGGAGCUAUUAUCUGUAAACUUUGGUGGUUUUUUUUCAUUGUUUGUUUGGUUUUGGUUUUGCUUAAGUUGCCCCUUGACGUAAAAGUUUGUAGAAUUUCUCCCCUUGUUAUAUUCAUUUCUGCCUGUUUUAUUUUAAAUUCUGGGGUAAUAAUUAUUAGUUAUCUUGAGUUGCUUUCAUUUCUGGAUCUCUAACUCUGAACUUUUAAUUUUUCCUACAGAGCCGAGAAAACAGAAGUCCUCAGUGAAGAUCUGUUACAGAUCGAGCGGCGCCUGGAUGCAGUGCGGUCAAUGUGCCACCACUCUCACAAGCGCCUAGCGGCUUGCUUCCAGGGCCAGCAUGGCACGGAUGCUGACAGGAGACACAAAAAGCUCCCUCUGACAGCUCUUGCCCAGAACAUGCAGGAGGCAUCGGCACAGCUGGAAGACUCUCUCCUGGGGAGGAUGCUAGAGACGUGUGGAGAUGCCGAGAAUCAGCUGGCUCUAGAACUCUCUCAGCACGAGGUCUUUGUUGAGAAGGAGAUUGUGGACCCCCUGUGUGGCAUAGCAGAGGUGGAGAUUCCUAACAUCCAAAAACAGCGGAAGCAGCUUGCCAAGUUGGUGUUAGACUGGGACUCAGUCAGAGCCAGGUGGAACCAGGCUCACAAAUCUUCAGGAACCAACUUUCAGGGGCUCCCAUCAAAGAUAGACACCCUGAAGGAGGAGAUGGACGAGGCCGGGGGCCGGGUGGAGCAGUGCAGGGAUCAGCUGGCAGCAGACAUGUACAGCUUCAUGGCCAAAGAAGGGGAGUACAGCAAAUUCUUUGUCAUGUUAUUAGAAGCCCAAGCAGAUUACCAUAGAAAAGCAUUAGCAGUCUUAGAAAAGGCCCUUCCCGAAAUGCAAGCCCAUCAAGAUAAGUGGGCGGAGAAGCCGGCCUUUGGGACUGCAUUGGAGGAGCACCUGAAGCGGAGUGGCCGUGAGAUCGCGCUGCCCAUCGAGGCCUGUGUGAUGCUGCUACUGGAGACGGGCAUGAAGGAGGAGGGCCUUUUCCGAAUUGCAGCAGGGGCCUCCAGGUUAAAGAAGCUGAAAGCUGCUUUAGACUGCUCUACUUCCCACCUGGAUGAGUUUUAUUCAGACCCCCAUGCUGUAGCAGGUGCUUUGAAGUCCUACUUACGGGAGCUGCCCGAACCCUUGAUGACCUUUCAUCUGUAUGAAGAAUGGACACAAGUUGCCAGUGUGCAGGAUCAAGACAAAAAACUUCAAGAUUUAUGGCGGAUAUGUCAGAAGUUGCCACCGCACAAUUUUGUUAACUUUAGGUAUUUAAUCAAGUUCCUUGCAAAGCUUGCUCAGACCAGUGACAUUAAUAAAAUGACUCCCAGCAACAUUGCCAUUGUAUUAGGCCCUAACUUGUUAUGGGCCAAAAAUGAAGGGACGCUGGCUGAGAUGGCAGCCGCCACCUCCGUGCACGUGGUCGCGGUGAUCGAGCCCAUCAUCCAGCAUGCCGACUGGUUCUUUCCUGGAGAGGUGGAAUUCAAUGUAUCGGAAGCAUUCGUACCUCUUGCUCCCCCAAACUCCAACCACUCAUCCCACACUGGAAAUGACUCUGACUCGGGGACCCUGGAAAGGAAGCGCCCUGCCAGCAUGGCGGUGAUGGAAGGGGACUUGGUGAAGAAGGAGAGCUUUGGUGUGAAGCUUAUGGACUUCCAGGCCUACCGGCGGGGUGGCACCCUAAAUAGAAAGCACGUAGCCCCUGCUUUCCAGCCGCCACUCCCGCCCACUGAUGGCAGCACCUUGGCUCCAGCGGGCCCAGAGCCCCCUUCCCAGGGCUCUAGGGCUGAGAGCAGCGCAGGGGGUGGGCCUGUUCCCUCCUCUGUGGGCGCCCUGGAGCAGGGGCCGAGCCCAGGCGACAGCAGUCCUCCCAAGUCCAAGGACUCUGCUGCCGGAGCUGUGCCCACGCUGGCACCGGGGAGGAACAGCAUGCAAGGGGCCAGUGCCCAGAGCCAGGGGCAGAGCCCUGCCGGUUCCCAUCAGCUCUCCGUCAGCCCUGCACAGGGCUCCGCUGGCGCCAGCCCUCAUACUGUGCGCCGAGCUGUUAAGAAACCUGCUCCAGCACCCCCGAAACCAGGAAACCCACCUCCUGGCCAUCCCGGGGGCCAGAGUUCUCCAGGGACAGCACAGCAGGCACCCAGCUUGUCACUGAAGCCGGCCACUGGAAGUCCAUCUCCUCCUGUCCCACACACAGGCCUCGUCCCUGGGCAACCGUGUACCACCUCACAGCCGUGCGGUCCCCGGAGAUCCUCGGGCAGCCUGGCUCCUAUGCAGGCACCCAGUCACCCUCCACCACAGCCCCCCACGCAGGCCCCGCAGCCACAAGCCAGGCCAGCUGAGCAGGGACUGGAGCAGCCCGCGAACACCCCACCCAGGACGCCCACGCCUCCCAGCACUCCGCCCUUAGCUAAGCAAAGCCCGGGUCUGCUGGCCUCUCACCCUGAGACUACACAGCCACAUGGUGGCACCUUGCCGAGACCAAGACCAGUACCAAAGCCCAGGAACAGACCCAGUGUACCCCCACCCCCGCACCCUCCUGGUGCCCACCCAGCAGGGGAUGGCAGCCUCUCCAGCGCAGUGCCCACCGCCUCCAAAAUAGUAACGGACGCCAAUUCUAGGCUAUCAGAACCACUUCGCAGCGUCUUUCCUGAAAUACACUCAGACUCAGCCAGCAAAGACCUGCCCGGCCGCGUCCUGUUGGACUUGGACAAUGAUACAGAAAGCACUGCCCUGUGAAGAAAGCCCCCACCUGGCCCCUCCCACCCCGUGAGCGCACCGGGCAGGCGGACCUGGAUCUCUGCAGACCAACAGUGAGCAGCUUUCGGUGGAGGGCGAGAAGCCUGACCACGCGGCUCCGCCUCUCACAGCCCAGCGGCAGAGCGGGGCUGACGCUAAAGCUGAAUGACCUGUGUCUGGAGGACGUGGGCUUUCUUUACGUAGGAAAGAAGUCAUGCCAAACAUAGCCGAGCAGACACCUAGAGUGGAAAGAGCGUUGUUGCCGAGCGGUGGCCACCGUUGGUGCGGGGACAGCGGGGUGAAUAAGCCGCGCCAUGCUGCCGGUGUGUAGUAAGACGCACUCACUAUGCAACUUGCCCUCCCGCUCCCUGGACCUUCGCUCCUGCUGGUGUGAGGUGGUCUGUCUCCCUGACCCUCACCCCGCGAGCUCGUGGUGGCUGCUGGACCCGCCACCUCGGCAAACUGGAUGUAACUCGUGCCUUGUGGGACUGUCCGGAUGCAGAGAGGAAUGUACUGUUCUUUUUUAAAAACAAUGUAAUUGCUACUUGAUAAGGACCGACAUUAUUCUAGUUUCAUGUUUAAUUUGAAUUCAAUACAUUCUGUGGUUUAUAUGAAAACUUGAUUGUUCUUGGAGGAAAAA